AUGUCUGAGCUGCCUACAACUCCGAAUAAGUCCUCGAGACAGGGAAGUGUCAAUUUGUGUUCAUCGAUAAACGGUUCCAAGAGACGCUUUACAACUUCUCCAUCUUCAAGAGCAUCUAAUAAUAAUAAUAAUAAUAAUAAUAGCAAUGGUACCGUCGGAUCAAGACUGUCGCUAGAUGGCAAGUUGUCGAGAAUACCAUUUUCUAAUGCGAACACGAAUGUGAAGUCCUCCACUGGCUCUAACUUGACUUCUUUUUACAAACAGCAAAUUCGUGAGUUAAACUCGUUGCAAGAGGAAUUGUACGUUAAGAAAUCCAAAUUGGAUACACUGAAAGACCAAUAUGAAAUGUUGAAUUCUACAUAUAAAGAAAAGAAACUGAAAUGGGAUAAAUUAUAUUUGGAGAAGCAAAAUAAACAGAACCAGUUAUCAACAAAGAAGAAAGAAAUUGAGGUUUUAAACGAUAAAAAUGAUGAAAAGAUCAAACAAUUAAAGAAAGGCCAUGAAUUGCAUAUGGAACAAUUAAAAAUUAAGAAUCAAGGUGAGAUUAAUAAAUUACAAAACGAAUAUCUUAUAAAGAUAAACCAAUUGAAGCAUCAGAAGGAGAAAAAAUUUCAAGAUGAACGGGACAAUCUGCAAAAGGAAGUAAUUAAAUUAGAGAGGAGAAUCGACUCUAAUGAUGCCAUCUUGAAUGAUUUAUUGAAUGAUUUGAAGAUCAAAUACGACAAAUUAAAAGAAACUUGGUUAAUAGACUACCAAAAUGAAUGGAAACAAAAUAUAGAGAAAAAUGAAAGAUAUUCUAACGAGAUUAAUGAUUUCAAAUUGAAACUUGGUAACGAUUUAACACCCAGGAUCGAAAAAUUAAAUAAUACCGUCAAUAACCUUGAGAACGAAAUAACUACAUUGAAUGCAACGUUGAUUGACAAAAAAAGGGAAAGUGAAACAUUAAAGACUAAGACAAUCGAAACGAAUGAAAAGAUUAGAAAUAUUGAGGCUGAAAAAGCUGAACUAGUAGAAUUCAUUAAGACUUCAAACGCUGAGUUAAUCAAGAUAAAUGAAUGUUUAACACACGAAGAAACGGUGAGACGUCAAUUGCAUAAUAAAUUACAAGAAUUAAGAGGCAAUAUAAGAGUCUACUGCAGAUUGAGACCGCCCCUAAAAUCUAUCGAGGAUCCUAAUACAAGCCAUAUCAAAGUCUAUUCACUUGACAAUGAUCAUGGUACUCAAACAAUGGAAAUCACUAAAAAUAAUAAUACCAACAAAUAUAAAUUUGACAAAAUAUUCGAUCAAUUUGAAAGUAACAGUGAAAUCUUCAAAGAAGUCGGUCAAUUGGUACAAAGUGCACUGGAUGGUUACAACGUUUGCAUCUUUGCGUAUGGUCAAACUGGCUCCGGUAAAACAUUUACCAUGUUAAAUCCAAGUGAUGGGAUAAUUCCAUCUACAGUAAGGCAUAUUUUUACCUGGAUUGAUAAUUUAAAAGAGCGUGGAUGGGAAUAUCAAAUUAAUUGCCAAUUCGUGGAAAUUUAUAAUGAAAAUAUUAUUGAUCUUUUACGUGAGAAACAAACUUCUCAAAAGCACGACAUAAGACACGAUGACGAGUCACAAACAACAUCAAUUACUAACGUUAUGACAGUAACAUUGGACCGCGAAGAAACUGUUGAAAAAGUCCUGCAUAGAGCAACCAAAUUAAGAAGUACAGCGUCUACCAAAUCGAAUGAACAUUCGUCACGUUCUCAUAGUAUAUUUAUCAUCCAUUUACAUGGGAAAAACUCCAAGACGAAUGAAGAUUCAUAUGGUAUUUUGAAUUUAGUUGACUUGGCAGGCUCUGAAAGAAUUAAUUCUUCACAAGUUUCUGGGGAAAGAUUAAGAGAAACACAACAUAUAAAUAAAUCAUUAAGUUGUCUAGGUGACGUUAUUCAUGCAUUGAACUCUUCUGAACAUAAAGAAAGACAUAUUCCCUUCAGAAACUCCAAAUUAACACAUCUUUUGAAAUACUCAUUAAGUGGUAAUUCCAAAACGUUAAUGUUUGUUAAUAUUUCGGCAAGCCUGAAUCAUGUGAACGAAACUAUUAACUCCUUAAGAUUUGCAUCAAAGGUAAAUUCUACAAAGAUGAUGAAAACCUGA